GGAGGUCUCGUCACCCCUAACCCCUUCUCCUCUCCCCACUCCUGCCCAGGAUAUGAAUCGGCUGGGGGCCGGAGGGAGGCGCACGCGCGUGGAGGGGGGGCAGCUGGGCGGGGACGAGUGGACUCGCCACGGCAGCUUCGUGAACAAGCCCACGCGAGGCUGGCUGCACUCGGACGCCACGGUCAUGGGGCCCGGGGUCUUCUACCAAGUCAGGUAUAUGGGCUGUGUGGAGGUCCUUCAGUCUAUGAGAGCGCUGGACUUCAACACACGUACCCAGGUCACCAGGGAGGCUAUCUCAGUGGUGUGUGAGGCUGUGCCCGGCGCCAAGGGAGCUCUGCGCAGGAGGAAGCCCUCCACUCGCUCGCUGUCCUCGAUCCUGGGGAAGAGUAACCUGCAGUUUGCCGGGAUGUCCAUCAAUCUGAGUGUGUCCACCAGCAGCCUCAACCUGAUGGCUACGGACUGCAAACAGAUCAUUGCUAAUCACCACAUGCAGUCCAUCUCCUUUGCGUCUGGGGGGGACCCAGACACUGCUGAAUAUGUUGCAUACGUCGCCAAAGACCCUGUCAAUCAGAGAGCCUGUCACAUCCUGGAGUGCCCAGAGGGUCUUGCUCAGGAGGUGAUCAGCACUAUCGGCCAGGCCUUCGAGCUGCGCUUCAAACAGUACCUGAAGAACCCCCCCAAACUGGUCACUCCUCACGACAGGAUGGCCCCCUUCGACGGCUCUGCCUGGGACGAGGAGGAGGAGCAGCAGCCCCCCCCUGAUAUCCAGUACUACAAUGACUUCCCCGGCAAGGACCCUCCUCUGGGAGGACUGGUGGACAUGAGGGGGCCCCGCAGCGCCACCACCGGCGCCACACUGCCUGUGGGUCAGCUGUCAGGGGCUCAGCUGGACAGUCAGAAGCAGCAGCCAGCACUGGCAGGUUCUGCUAGAGAGAGGGACCCCGCUCCCCCCCUGCCGACCGUCAAGCCCUCCGGCCGCUCUGACCUCUUCGAUGACCCCUCGUACGUCAAUGUGGACAAGCCCCGCCCCCCUGCCUCCUCCGCAGCCAAUGGGAAUGCUCAUCGAGACGCCUUUGACAUGAAGCCCUUCGAGGACGCUCUCCGAGUCCCAGCGGGGCCUCCGAUGGAGGAGCAGCUGCGGCGCGAGCUCUGGUUCCACGGGAAGGUGAGCCGGAAGGAGGCGGAGAAGCUGCUGCAGGGGAACGGAGACUUCCUGGUGAGGGAGAGCACCACCACCCCGGGACAGUACGUGUUGACAGGCCUGCAGGGGGGGCACCCCAAACACCUGCUGCUCGUCGACCCCGAGGGAGUGGUGCGGACGAAAGAUCACCGCUUCGAGAGCGUCAGUCACCUGAUCAGCUACCACAUGGACAAUCACCUGCCAAUCAUCUCGGCGGGCAGCGAGGUGUGUCUGCAGCAGCCAGUGGAGCGGAGAGCUUGAAGCUCCCAGCAUGCCCUGCUUCAGAACCAGACGACACGCCUCCCUCGGACACCUCGCACAGACGCACGCACACACACACACAUGGGCAAUGCACAAACAAUCUGGGGCUUACUCUACAUGCUCCUGCAAGCACAGACUGACAGACAGAGGCUUAACAAAGCUACAGGCUCCUCAACCAGUCUGGCAGCAGACCGCGCAGGCAGAAAACAACAUUGUUCAGACUUCUUUUUAGAAAUGUCACAGAUUGGUGAAAUUGUUAACCAUGCCAGAAGUGACCCAGCUAGUUCUGACCCAGCCAAGGCUGAAAUCACCAAGCAUCCAAAAAGCAUUAGCUCUCUGCAUUGUGACUGAGGAGCGAGAUACUCACGCAGUGAUGCUGUAACCAAAGCAGUCGCUCCCUCAGCGGAGACUGGAGACUGGACAGGAACGCCAUUUCAUUCUCAUAGGCUUUUUAUACUUCGAUGGGGGGGGGGGGUUAUAUUAGAGAGGCGGGGCUAUCCUGGAAUGGAACUUCGGAACACUGAGGAUGGAACCUUUGACAAAGCACAGAGAUUCUAAUCAUUCCAUAUAUAAAUGUGUAUAACUAUAAUUUUUUUUUUUUUUUUUAAGGUGUACGAAAGUGCUCUCACCUUCCUUUUUAUAAAUAACUUGGACAAGCUUUUUUGGAAAUGGGAGAAUCAUAAAAGUUUGUGUAUCUCAUAAUAAUAAUAAUCAGAAGUGGCACAAAGUCUGUCAGUUUUUUUUUCAUAUGGAAAUAUGCAAGUCUGCUUUUUCUCUGGGAGAAGAGAUUGCACAAAAAAAAAAAAAAAACAUUUGGGAGAUCGCGGACUUCUGAGAGGCACAGGAGAGUACCGCAGUUACAGGUGUCUGACACAAGGGGGAGCUUGUCUGUCUCACUGCGGAAUUAUUGCAGCCUAUGCAAAUAGAGCAGGAAACUAUCACUAGCAGCCAACGGGAUUCCUGCACGGUGGUCAUGUGAUGCAGGAGGAAGUGGAGGAGCCGUUGCUUUUUCAUCACCGCGGCUGUUGCUUCGACUGAACUUGAAUUAUUGUGCCUCAGAAACUAAAAAGCAAGGCAGAUGCAGAAUCCUGGAAUGUAAUGGAAACGUGUCCAUCUGGACGGAUGCUUCCUGGAAGUUUAAAGUCUCAGUGGCUGCAAUGAUGGCCCAUUUUAACCAAAGCACACUCCUGCGUCCUUCUGCCAAAGAAAAUAAACACAGUCAUCUUUGCUGACUUAACCGGGAUUGUAAGGUGGCGGUUGUAUUCUUGUCAAGUCUGUUGAUUUGAUUGGGUAGAAGCGAGUCCAGUCUUAUCAAGCCCUUUGAUUUGAUUGGGUAGAAGCGAGUCCAGUCUUGUCAAGCCGGUUGAUUUGAUUGGGUAGAAGCGAGUCCAGUCUUAUCAAGCCCUUUGAUUUGAUUGGGUAGAAGCGAGUCCAGUCUUGUCAAGCCGGUUGAUUUGAUUGGGUAGAAGCGAGUCCAGUCUUGUCAAGCCCGUUGAUUUGAUUGGGUAGAAGCGAGUCCAGUCUUGUCAAGCCCGUUGAUUUGAUUGGGUAGAAGCGAGUCCAGUCUUGUCAAGCCCGUUGAUUUGAUUGGGUAGAAGCGAGUCCAGUCUUGUCAAGCCCUUUGAUUUGAUUGGGUAGAAGCGAGUCCAGUCUUGUCAAGCCCUUUGAUUUGAUUGGGUAGAAGCGAGUCCAGUCUUGUCAAGCCGGUUGAUUUGAUUGGGUAGAAGCGAGUCCAGUCUUAUCAAGCCCUUUGAUUUGAUUGGGUAGAAGCGAGUCCAGUCUUGUCAAGCCCGUUGAUUUGAUUGGGUAGAAGCGAGUCCAGUCUUGUCAAGCCCUUUGAUUUGAUUGGGUAGAAGCGAGUCCAGUCUUAUCAAGCCCUUUGAUUUGAUUGGGUAGAAGCGAGUCCAGUCUUGUCAAGCCCUUUGAUUUGAUUGGGUAGAAGCGAGUCCAGUCUUGUCAAGCCCGUUGAUUUGAUUGGGUAGAAGCGAGUCCAGUCUUGUCAAGCCCUUUGAUUUGAUUGGGUAGAAGCGAGUCCAGUCUUGUCAAGCCCGUUGAUUUGAUUGGGUAGAAGCGAGUCCAGUCUUGUCAAGCCCGUUGAUUUGAUUGGGUAGAAGCGAGUCCAGUCUUGUCAAGCCGGUUGAUUUGAUUGGGUAGAAGCGAGUCCAGUCUUGUCAAGCCCGUUGAUCUGAUUGGGUAGAAGCGAGUCCAGUCUUGUCAAGCCCUUUGAUUUGAUUGGGUAGAAGCGAGUCCAGUCUUGUCAAGCCCGUUGAUCUGAUUGUUUGUUUUUUACAUGCUGAAAUUGCUCCUGUUUCAUCAGCCUUUUACUAAACAUCCCAGCUCAGACCCCUACACACACAGACCCGCCCCCCUCCAGUACAACAUCCCAGCUCAGACCCCUACACACACAGACCCCCCUCCAGUACAACAUCCCAGCUCAGAC